GACGUAAACACAGAGCAGCAGAGGAGAGCGAGCCGUGCAGCGGAUCAGCCGUGAAUCCAGCGCCUAGCUCCGUGGGGUUCAAUUUUCUUUGCGACUAACCGGCCUAUUUAGGCUAUUUAGACAGUUAUUUCUUUCCGACUUCAGCUACAGUGAUAGCUAAGUUUGGAAAGGAGGAAAGGGAAAAAACGCCGUGUCUUCGUUUUGUUUUUGUGCAGUGUUAUCUAGUGUAAGCCGGAGUCGACCUCCUUUACAUUACAAAAGAGGAGACAGCGUAAAAGCUAAAGGAAAAAAAAUUAAAUAAAAACAACAUUCACGCGGUUAUUUUUCGCCAUUCGGACAGCUUUAAAAUGGAUAACUCUGGACCUAAGAAGACAUGCUGUGAAUCCAUCCGGGAUUUCUUCACUUCAGCUAAAUUCCUUAUUUACAUGGGACAUGCUCUCUCAACCUGGGGGGAUCGAAUGUGGAACUUUGCUGUGGCUGUUUUCCUGGUGGAGCUGUAUGGGAACAGCCUGCUGCUCACGGCCGUAUACGGGCUGGUGGUGGCCGGCUCCGUGCUGCUGCUGGGGGCCAUCAUCGGGGACUGGGUGGACAGAAACCCCAGACUGAAAGUGGCCCAGACUUCGCUGCUCGUCCAGAACAGUUGCGUCAUCGUGUGUGGGAUCCUCCUGAUGGUUGUUUUCCAGUUCAAAGAACAGCUUGUGGAGCUCUACAAUGGAUGGAUUCUGACGACUUGCUACAUUCUGGUCAUCACCAUCGCCAACAUCGCCAACCUCGCCAGCACGGCCACAUCCAUCACCAUCCAGAGGGACUGGGUCGUGGUUGUGGCGGGGCAGGACAGCAGCAAGUUGGCAGACAUGAAUGCCACGGUGCGAAUUAUUGACCAGCUGACCAACAUCCUGGCUCCCAUGCUGGUGGGCCAGAUAAUGGCCUUUGGCUCCCAUUUCAUUGGCUGCGGCUUCAUCUCUGGCUGGAACCUGUGCUCCAUGUGUCUGGAGUAUGCGCUGCUGUGGAAGGUCUACCAGAAGACGCCGGCGCUGGCCAUGAAAGCCGGACAAAAGGAGCAGCAGCAGGAGCUCAAACAGCUCAGUCCCCCUAAAGACUUGGAGAACGGCCAGAGUCCUGAGGAGUCUUCUCAGCCGCUGAUGAAUGAAGCCUCAGUGGUGGCCAAGCCCGACUCCCCCCAGCAGCAGGGCUGCUGCUACCAGGUGACCGAACCGCUGCGCACCUUGAAAGCUGGCUGGGUGGCCUACUACAACCAGAACAUCUUCUUCGCCGGCAUGUCUCUGGCCUUCCUCUACAUGACAGUGCUGGGCUUUGACUGCAUCACCACAGGCUACGCCUACACACAGGGGCUCAACGGCUCAGUGCUCAGCCUGCUGAUGGGGGCGUCGGCCGUGUCGGGCAUCUGCGGCACUGUCGCCUUCACUUGGGUUCGCAGGAAGUGCGGCUUGAUCCGUACGGGCUUCAUCUCGGGCGUGGCUCAGCUGUCCUGCCUCAUGCUGUGCGUGGUCUCCGUCUUCACUCCUGGAAGCCCCUUCGACCUCAGCGUCUCACCCUUCCAGGACCUUUACACCCACUUGAUCGGAGAGACGACCCUGCCCGAGGCUGACCACAGCCUCACCAGCGUUCUUACGGGAGGGAACGCCACUACUCCUGCACCGGCUGCAGAGCAGCCACCUCUGCAGUCCUACAUGUCUGUUAGUCUGCUGUUUGCUGGCGUCAUUGCUGCUAGAGUUGGCCUGUGGUCCUUUGACCUGACAGUGACCCAGCUCAUCCAGGAGAAUGUGAUUGAGUCGGAGCGAGGUGUGAUCAACGGCGUCCAGAACUCCAUGAAUUACCUCUUAGACCUGCUGCACUUCAUCAUGGUGAUUCUGGCUCCGAACCCCGAGGCCUUUGGCCUGCUGGUCAUCAUCUCUGUCUCCUUUGUGGCCAUGGGUCACAUCAUGUACUUUAGGUUUGCCUUCAAGAGCCUGGGCAGCCGCCUCUUCCUCUGCUGCUCGCCGGAGCAGAAGGUGGAGGCGGUCGAGUCCCCCUCACUUCCUACCACCGUCUAACUCCAUUAAAGAGACUCUGUCCUGGGUACAUAUUUGUCAAGCCUUACCCUAUCCCUGCAUCGUAUUUAUCUAGCUAACAUCAUUGCUUGUAGCAGGCAGAAUGCUAAUGCUAACAUAAACCUUAAGAAGGUAACUUAACAUGCAAUGCAUAGCCAUUAAUAAUGCAUUAAUCAUUAGCAGGAGGUUCACAGUCAUAGAAAACUAAUCCAUAGUAAAAGCGUAGAUAAGGCAGGAUUUCUCUAACUGUUUCAGUCUGAUGAGAGCCUCAGCCUUUCAUCUAUGGGUCCAUGCUCCUUAACACAGGUACUGUGCAUCCAUCACCUCGAGGCUUGUGUUAAAGAAACCAGUGAAAUAAUCUCCUCUUAACAGCCUGGAUAUAGCUGUAAAGAUUUGUAAAAGGUGCUUCAGCUAAUAAAAGGGCAAAAUGAGGGAGAGAUGUUGCAGGGAAGCAGGCACUGAGGCUUGAAUUAAGGGGUGGGGGGAGGCGACUGUCUGAGACACUAAAAGACAGAGCACCCCUCAUUUUUUUGACACCUCCCUCUCAGUGACAUCAUUGGUGCUGUAGCUGCGUCUGCUUGCUGUUCUCUGAGCGCCUGCUCUUUGGUUGCUUCAGCUUCCACCUAUGAAGAGCAGGUGGUGGGUGUAUUCCUCUAGAAGGAGGGUGGGUUCUUCUUAUUUGACCAAACACAAAACUGGGAUCCGGUCUCUUUAAUGCGUUGUUAUAAGGGUUAUGCAAUUAACUGUAUUUUUUCAGGAACUGCAGAUGGUGUUUUUUUUUUUUAUAAUAACUGUAUCAUCAGUGUUGUGUGUCGCGCGCAUGAUUGUGCCAUAAGAAACAAAUGAGAAAUCCUAUGCACCCUUGUCAACAGUUAUCUCAGUUACCAAAGUCAAAGUCCAUAUGUGGCAUAAAAGGAAGUGAGGGAAACCAGUUAUCUGUCUGAAGCAUUCCAAAUAUAUAUUUUUACAUCAGGUGACAGUAGUGUAGGUUCACUAAUGCUUUCAUAUAACCCCAGUAUAUUUGAAGAUUUCUAACCCACUCUGAGAUUGUACUUAAUUUUUUGUUUUUGUUUUUUCUGAUAGUUUACAUCAACAGAUUAAUUUUUGUCACCUUUUGAUUUUUAUGUUUUGAGUUCUCUGGAGUGAUUUUUUUUUUUUUUUCAAACAUGAUUGUUGUUGUUACACAGGCACUUUAAGUGAUUGACAUCUGUCAUUACACCCAAUGCGUGAUCAGAUAUUUGAUCAAUACUUUUUGCACAAGGCUGAAGCCCCGACUCCCCCAGAGCACAAUCGUAUUUCAAUCACUUAUAGUCUCUCUGUCGGUCUGUUCAGGUGCUGUGGGGGGAUUGUGGUUCAAAAAGGCACAUAUUACUCAGCACCACAUGUUCAUGAGGAAAAACUGGCCCACCCUUGUGGAAAAAAAAAAGUCUGAAUACACCCUCAGUUUACUUCAGGUGCCCCCCGUUUCCUCGAGAAGUCUGCCAGGGAGCUUAGUCAGCAUCCCUGCUCAGAUCUCAGUUUACCGCCUCAGACCUUGACCUGGACUCAGGAGUCUAGGUAUUUGUUCUUAUUUCUCUAAGCUUCAAAAGCGGCGAAAAUGUUUUACUAAAGUCAAAGUUUUCUGUUCACAUAUUUGGCUUUCAGUACCCUGUGUAGAAAACAUAUUUAAUAGUACCUCACUAAAAUGAGUGCAUAGUUUUUUUGCAUGCUCCUUUAACUGUGAAGUGAUUUAACUGAUCAACCAUUGUCUCCAAAAAACAGUUUAAGAUCACAGACAUCAUGAAAGUAGCUUUGAAAGAUUCCAAAUAAAGUAACUAUAACGUAGCUAUAACUACUUCCUUCCCACCUUCACUCAUUUCUGAUGCCUUACCAUUAUAAACUAGCCUUGACAGCUGUUAAACGCACACAUGUGGCUUCAUCGAGAGUUCAUAGCUGCACCCAGCCCAUGAAAAAGCCAGCCGGUGUAGCCAGGAUUUUGGGGUG